CAUCACACUGUGGGGCGAAAAAAAAAAUAGAUUGUCGUACAAAUUUAGCGAGGAUUAAUGUGACCGGAGCUGGAGGAGGAUGCUACAGAAACUCAGCGCGGUGGACUGUGGACGUUCAUUUUGGAUUUUAGCAGCCAAAGUUUGACGCAAUUCUUCCCUGGAUAAUCGAGAAUAGGCUGGAGUGUCAUCGUGGAAGUAUUUUCCAAGGAAAAUAGAGAUAUCAUCAACUUGGACUUGGGGGCAUUCUGAGAAAGUUGGUAAAACAUUUAAAGCAAGUUGUGAGCAGUAGCUGACGGUUUUCCAGAUGUCUCUGCUGAUGCAGACAGCGGCUGUCUAAUGAAACACAUUCACACCCCAAAGAAAGAAAAGUAGCACUUUUCUGUAUGUCUUGCAGCUUUGUGGAAUUUGCGGAAUACAUGACUUUAUUCUUCGUUCUCCACAGGGGUCUUUCAGGCAACACUCUUAUCAGAAUAACGGGAUUUCUAAACUUUGCAUGCUGAAAAAAACGACUCGUCGAAGUUUCUGGAUAUGGACGGACACCGAGGAGACAAAAUAAAGGGGCCGUUUUAGUACAUAAGAGUCAGACGUUAUAAUGAAAAUGUAAUUUGGGUGAAAUCGUCGGAACUCGUAAGGGAAGCCUCAAUGAGUGGCACACAGUCAACACUCACUGACAGGACCCCAAGCAUUCUCAACAAGGACCCCACAGACAAGAAACCCAAGAAUGAGAAGUCCUCUGUCUCCCUCAAACAUGAGUUUGACCCCACAGGUCUUGUCCAGCGGUGUGUGAUAAUCCAGAGAGAUGAAAAUGGCUUCGGACUGACCGUAAGUGGAGACAACCCUGUGUUUGUGCAGCUGGUAAAAGAAGAUGGAGCUGCAAUGCGGGCUGGCGUUCAGACAGGGGACCGUAUCAUUAAGGUUAAUGGGACCUUAGUUACACAUUCAAACCACAUAGAGGUUGUGAAGCUGAUCAAAUCGGGUUCCUAUGUAGCCUUGACAGUGCUGGGGAGGCCUCCUGGGCUUCCUCACAUCCCACUGGAGGAGGAUGAGGAGGGAGAAAAGAAGGAGGAAGGAGCAGAGGUCAGCCCACCCACCUCUUUCUCACCUCAGUCAGGUGGGGAGCACUGCAGCCCUCAGGAGCACAUCACCUCCUCUCUGCCUGAUGGGGAUGAGAACAAAAUUAUGCACAAUCAGAAGGCUGACUUGCUGCAGAAGAUGCUAACCAAGGAGCAACAGGACCUGCAGGCAAAGGAGGAGGAGUACAGCAGAAACCCUCGGCCUAAACUACUGAAGGAGGUCCAGGAGGCCAAGAGGCACAUUUCAUUGCUGCAGGAUCAGCUCAGCAAAGCAGCAGCACCAUCACAGGAUGGAGCCACAGGGACCAGGAAUGGUGAGGUAGAGGAGGUGGACGGUUGGGCUCCUCUGAGGGAGCAGACUCCACCCCGGGGUGAUAACGUUAACAACGGGCUCUUGACCAACAAUAACUCUAUGCAGAGCAGCCCCCUGACAGAGGGUCCUGGCAAAAGAGAGACGCCCUGUCAGAGCCCGGACAUCAGCCGCAGAGACAGCCUCAACUUCUGCCCUUCGCCUGAUACUGACGACACCCCUGACACAGACUCUAGUGCUCAGUGCAUUGUGAGUGGCCCUCCCUAUCUCCUCCACCCCCAGAUCAUCGGAGCAGAAGAUGACUACUUUGAUUCUCAGCAAGAGCAGAUUAAUGGGCUUUGUAGCUGUUUCCAGAGUAUAGACUUGCUGAAGACUCGGCCAGCCCACCUUGCAGUCUUCCUCCAUCAUGUUGUCUCACAGUUUGACCCUGCACCUUUGCUCUGUUAUCUCUAUUCUGACAUGCACAAGCAAACCAGCUCUAAAGAAAGCAGACGCUUCUUCAUUGAGUUCCACUCACUCUUUAUGGAUCGGACAGCAAAUCUUAAAGUACCAGUGCCAGAGACAGUAGCAGCUGAACUUGAGAAGCGGAGGCUGGAGUUAAUUCCAGAGGAGCUCUGCAAACAGUACACCCAGACGUUACAGGACUCACUUUUACCAGACCUACACAAGAACCUGGAGGACUUCAGACAGAAGCGCAGCAUGGGUCUGACUCUGGCUGAGGACGAGCUGUCCAAGCUGGACUCAGAGGGAGAAAGAGACCAACAGGCUGUGGAAAAGGAGUGCUCCUGUGCUGAACACAUCCUCUCCAAGAUAGAGGAUAUCCUGUUGACGUCACAGCCCACAGAAGAGGAGAAGUGCCAAACAAUGCAGUAUGUGAUCCUCACCUAUAUGAAGCAUCUCGGGGUGAAAGUGAAGGAGCCUCGAGGCCUCGAACAUAAACGAGCACGGAUCAAUUUCCUGCCUAAGAUUAAGAAGAGUAUCAAGCCUGAGAAGGAGGGCGAGGAAAAGGUGGAAAAGGUGAAAAAGCCUCGGUUUCCCAGCAUCCUCGGCCCGCCUCGGCGUCUGAGCAGAGUGGACUCCACUUCAAUCGGUAAAGCCGUGGAGUUGAACAAGCAGCGCUCACCAAAGCAGCUCUCUCAGCCAGCCUUUGGCAUCCCUGAGCAGCCUGACUCCUCUGCCUCCAAUUCUGGACGGAGCCGUGGUAAUCAGCUCAGUGAGGGAUCGGAUGCAGGCACACAAUCUUCUCCCUCCACCACCACCUCCCCUACACACAGCUCACCCAGCGGGCAGGCCUCAGAUACUAGUGGACAAGACUCCGACUCCAAUAUGUCCCCAUUCUGCAUCCUGCCGAGACUGGGCGAGGGUCCACAGCCUGGCGACCACCAGGACGGCGUCUCCACUCCAAACAGCACUCAGUUUGACUUCAGCCCCUCCAACCUGGAGCAGUUACAGGAGGAAGACCAGGAGACUUUCAGUAGGAUGGAGGUGCAGUGUCCGGUGAGUUCAGGGGAAAUCCAGAGCGAAGACGACCAGGGAGGGGAGAUGGAGUGUAUAGAAAACCCUCAGAACUGGCAGAGUCUGGUCAGUCGAGACGUCCUGGCGACUUUAACGCCGCAGGAGAUUAAACGGCAGGAAGUCAUAAAUGAGCUAUUCUACACUGAGCGUGCACACUUGCGGAUGCUGAAGGUGUUGGACUGUGUUUUCUGCCAGAGGUUGAACAGAGACGGUAUCCUCCCCCCUGAGGACAUCAAACACAUAUUUAUAAACCUGGAGGAAAUCAUUCAGCUGCAUGUUUCUUUAACAGAGCAAAUGAUAGCAAUCAGGAAGAGGAGUGAGACGUCGGUGAUCGGUCAGAUCGCAGAUGAUCUCCUGUCGUGGUUCAGUGAGGAAGAAGAGGAGAAGAUAAUACGAGCAGUGGGAACUUUCUGCAGUAACCAGCCGUCUGCACUGGAGAUCAUCAAGAGCAGGCAGAAGAAAGACCAGCGGUUCACGUUAUUCAUGCAGGAAGCUCAGAGCAACCGUCUGUGCCGCAGGCUGCAGCUUAAAGACAUCAUUCCUGUAGAAAUGCAGAGAGUCACCAAGUAUCCACUCCUACUGGACAAUAUUGCCAAGUACACAGGAGAUGGUGAAGAGAGGGAAAAGGUAAAGAAAGCUGCAGAGUGUUGCAAAAAGAUCCUCAACCACGUCAACCAGGCUGUCAAAGAGGCUGAGAACAAACAGAGGCUAGAGGACUAUCAGAGAAGGUUAGACCUUUCAUCACUCAAACAGAGUGAAAACCCCAUGAUCCUGGAGCUGAGGAAUCUGGACCUGACCAAGAGGAAGAUGGUGCAUGAGGGACCUCUGUCCUGGAAAGUCAAUAAAGACAAGACAAUUGAACUGUACACAAUCCUCCUGGAGGACAUACUGGUUUUACUACAGAAACAGGACGAGCGUCUGGUCCUUAAAUUUCACGGCAAGAAUCCCGCCAGUGCUGCUGACACCAAACACAUCUUCAGCCCCGUCAUCAAGCUCAACACUGUCCUGGUUCGGCCAGUGGCAACUGACAACAAGUCUUUUUUUGUCCUGUCCAUGUCGGAGAACGGGGCUCAGAUCUACGAGCUGAUGGCUCAGACGGUGUCUGAUCAGAGAGCGUGGCAGUGUCUGAUCACACAAUGUGCUGAUGCCAUGAAGGCCAAACCUCACAGCAGAGACAACACACCUCCAGCCCAGACUGAUGCUGAGCGGGACGCUAUUGAGAUCAUCAAACACGGGAUGCCGAAGACGAGCAAAGAUCCUAACGGCACAUCAAGUGGAAGCAUCCUUUCUUCAGAUAAAGAUGCCGCCUCUUCUCCAGAUAUUCAAGCUCCACCGAGUAUUAAUCCAUUUGAUGACAUGAAAUCUGAAGACGAGGAAGAGGAGCUGGUUGUGGCAGACAGACCGGAGGAAGAGGAGGAGAAUGAAGAGGUGGAUGAAGCAGAACUUGAGGCUUUCCUGGACGGGCAGCUGGCAGAAGGAUUGCCUUUCCUGCAGGAGGAAGAAUCACGUCAGGCCGAUGCCGUUGAAAUCCAAGAGCACAACUCAUUCGGCAUACCCUCCUCCAAAGGCGAAGAUGCUCUCAGGACAUUGGCGAUGCUGAAGCAGGCUCUUUUCAACCACAUGAUGAACAGAGAGGCAGAGGAGGAGAAAGAGGAGACACAGGAGACCAAGCAGAGUGCGGCCCCUGGUUGUCAGCUGAGUGCCUCUUUGCCUGGGAGCCCCGAGGGGCCCUCUGAGAGCCGAGUAUCUACAAAUUCACAGAAAGAAAACUCUCAGCUCCCUUCAGGACCCACAGAGCUUUCAGAGACGACUCAGCCCAACGGUGGUUUUGUUGUUCUGGAUUUCUGCGAGGAAAGCACCACCGAUGAUGAUGGGGGAGUAGGAGGUGACGUGGGUAUCGACAUGAGGAAACUGCUGUCCUCCUCCUCACAGGCAGGGGGCGCUAGCGGACCCAACCUCAGCAGGCAGCUCAUGACCCACCUACGUCUCCUACAGGCCGACCUGCAGUAUCUGAAGGAGGUGGAGAUGAAGUAUAACGAGCUGCGACAAACACACAGUGACACCGCUACUGACUCCGAUGACAACAAUGAUGGGAUUCAGUGAUGAAAGACUUCCUGCUCUGAGUUUCAUGCCAGUACAUGAAUACUUUCUUCUGGAUGAAUCUUCGACUAUUUAACACUGGUGUUGCCGAUAAUGGAGGCUUAUUGUCAGAUCUCCCACUUCAGGCAUGAUGGAAGUGGAAGAUGUUAUCAUCAGUAUUACAAAUGUUUCACUACAAACUCUUAAUCCUCCUGAGGAGAGACUCUGUGGAAUAACCUGAGGACAAUUCAGUCGCUUUUUUGCUAUAAUAAUAAUCAGCUGCAUAAGUUAUCUUAAACACUGGAGAUAUGAAAUGGAAAAAAGAGUGUGUGAAGUCACACACAUGUACAUUCAAAGCAACAUGAAGACAGCAACCAGAAUGAUUCUCUGAGGAUCAACAAGGUAGAUUGUGUUGUUCAGGACUCACUGCUGUAAGCUUGAUAUAAAAGUCAGCAAUCACAAAUAAGAGACAACCUCUACUGUAUAUAUACAGUUCAUCGUGCCACAUAGUUUACAUAUUUAAAGAUGAAGAAACUUCCUUAACUGUUGAAUGCCAAAAUCUCCUUCUACUGUUUUUUUUUUAAAUUUGGCUAUAAAGAGGCUGUAUCAUCCAUUCCCACCCUUCCUAAAGGUCUCUUUAAGUACUUUAUGUUGUAUGUAUUUAGCCUAGCUUAGCAUAAAGUGAAAUUGAGGAGGAACAGCUACAUGGAACCAGGCUAAAUGAAAAGAAACCUACCAGCUCCUUUUUAUCCGUAAAAAUUAGAAAUAUUGGCUGACUCUACACAGCCGAAGAGUCUUGGGGAUCUUUUUAUUUCUGUGGUGAGUGCCUCUUCAUGGACCUGGAUAUAGUUCUCAAAGCGGAGCAGAGGAGAGGAGAGAACCACACACUAAUGUGCUAUGAGUUUUAUGGAGUGCACUGCCCCCGAACUCCAUUAAAAAAAUGCAUUUUAAAUGCAACAUUGCUUGACAACAACCAGUUAUAUGCUAAUUUAGGCUUAAAGUACUCUGCCUAAUUUGGCAUGCAGUUAACACCAAGUGUUGAUUCUGUUGUUCUUCACCAUGGUUUUAGAAGACAUGUGCGUCAGGCUUAUUUUCUUUUAAAUAAGAGCCAUGUGGUGGAUCUAAUUUAUGUGAAGAGUUGUCCAUGUAGAUUUUAAAAAGUAACUGAUGAAUUAAACUGAUUUAAAGACACUUUAAAGUGUUAAAUUUGAAAAAACAGAAUUUGGAUGGAAUUGCGACCCGACUCCUACCUGCCGCCCUAAUUAACUUUAGGGAAAUAAUUAUGCAAAACGUCCAGCAUGUAACCCCCACAAAAAAAAGGGAUGAUACAUUUACGUGUCUAUAAGUAUUAUUGUAAUUAGUGAGUUUUAGAGUUGUUUAUUGGUGUAUUUUUAAAGCUUGAACAGAGCCAGGCUAGCUGUUUCCCCUUACAUCCAGCCUUUGUGCUAAGCCCGGCUAAACACGAUAGUGAUAUUUGAUCUUCUCGUCUCACUCUUGGAAAAAAGCACAUAAGCAUAUUUGUCAUAAAUGAUUGUAAGAGGGUUGUGCACACCCAUCUCCAUCAUACCUUUCCUGUUAUUGUUAUGUACUGUAAACAGUCUUCUAGGUUUGAAUGUCUGAGCAAAGAGUAUACACAUAAAAUGUCUUUAAAAUCACGGAUUUUAAAUUUCCUAUAGCACUUGAAUGUAGCAUUAUAUAUAUAAUAUAGCAAACAAAGAUCGAGACCACUGUUAAUUUGUUGGUAAGUCAUUAUGAACAGGCAAACAACACAGAAGGAUGAACACACAGAUGGAAAGGAGACCUCUGUAACAUGUUUGUUUUAAAGAAACUGUCGUUCAAAUGGAGAUUGGCAUUGUGCAGUGAGGAAACAGAUUUGGCUUUUUUUUUCUUUAGAUCAUAUUUGUUGUAACAGGCGUGCUUACUAAUGAAUGCACAUAGAAAUACAAUCUUACAGCAAUCUUUGGCAAAAUCUUGUUUUGCUUCAGGCCUCCAUCAGUAAAUCUGCAGCUAUAAAAAAAACCCAUUAUAAACAUUUUGUGUAACUCCUGGAGUACAAUACAAGAUAGAUGCUGCAAGUUUUUCAGAGUUUGUGCACAUGUGAAUUUAUUGAAUUGAACUGUAUUUUAGACUUCAUUUGAAUUUGUAUUCCACACCUUUUUUUAAAUUUUGCGUGUCAUCAAACACUAAAAACUACUUCAGCCUCUAUUCCUCUGAAGAACUGUGAGGAGGUUUUUCCCCAAUGUCAAUACUGCAACAAGCUACUAGAAAUAUUCAGCCUUUGAUGAGAAAACAGGUCGGUGUCAAACCUCUGCACUUCACUCUAAUAGUUGGACUGAAAAUAAUCAGAUAUUCUCUAGCCACAAGACUGCACAGAUUACAUAAUGGCUGUUAUUUCUGGAUUAAAUGUAUGAUAUAUGAAAUAUUAAAAAGAGAAAAAAAAGAAAAGCUGAAAUUAGGACAAAAAAGAUUAUGGACUGUUUUCAAUGUAAAGGAAUAUAAUGUACAAUAAUUACUGUAUAUCAAAA